AUGAUGAGGGGGCUGAUUGUAUUCACCGCGCUGCUGGUUGCCGUUCUUGCCAGGGAGACAUUUGAGGGACAUCAGGUGCUUCGGAUUGUCCCGAAGAAUGGAGUCCAGCUGUCUCUUCUUAGGAACCUGGAGGAGAUGAUGGAGUUUGAGCUCGACGUCUGGAAGGGAGCUACUCGUUUGUCCUCCCCUGUAGAUGUCAGAGUUCCUCCUCACACUAUGCAGGCUUUCAAGAGUUUCCUGGAGACCAAUGAGUUUGAGUACAGUAUCAUGAUUGAAGAUAUCAAGGCAAUCUUGGAUGCAGAGAGGAAACAGAUGGAGUUUGCUGCUCGCUUAGGUCAGCCAAGGAACACUGACAGCUUUGACUAUGCCAACUAUCACACACUCAGUGAGAUCUACAGCUUCCAGGACAUGCUGGUGGCUGAGAACCCCGACUUUGUCAGCAAGAUAGUGAUCGGUCAAAGCUACGAGGGUCGUCCUCUCAAUGUGCUUAAGUUCAGUACCGGUGGAAGCAAUCGUCCUGCCAUCUGGAUCGACACUGGAAUCCACGCCAGAGAGUGGAUCACUCAGGCCAGCGGCCUCUGGUUUGCCAAGAAGAUUGUGACAGAUUAUGGAAAAGACCCUGCCAUCACUGCAAUCCUGAACAACAUGGAUAUCUUCCUGGAGAUUGCAACCAACCCUGAUGGCUACUAUUUUACCCAUGUCUCUAACCGUAUGUGGCGGAAAACAAGAAAACCCAACCCUGGAUAUUCAUGCCCUGGAGUUGAUCCCAACAGGAAUUGGGAUGCUGGUUUUGGACUUGGUGGUUCCAGUGGUUAUCCCUGCUCAGAGACCUACCGUGGACCCAGCCCUCACUCUGAGUCUGAGGUUAGGUCCAUUGUGGAGUUUGUGCAGUCCCAUGGCAACAUCAAGGCCUUCAUUUCAAUCCACGCCUACUCUCAGAUGCUCUUAUACCCCUACGGCUACACCACGGCCUCUGCCAAGGACGAGGCUGAGCUGUACGCACUGGCCCAGAAAGCUGUCAACAGCCUCACUUCCAUGUAUGGCACUCGCUACACGUAUGGUAACAUCAUCGACACCAUCUAUCAAGCCAGUGGUGGCACAGUUGACUGGACCUAUAACCAGGGCAUCAAGUACUCCUACACCUAUGAGCUGAGGGACACUGGUUACUACGGGUUCCUCCUGCCACCCAAUCAGAUCAUCCCCACAGCUCAGGAGACUUGGAGUUCUCUGAUGGUCCUCAUGGAUCAUGCUUACAAGAACCCAUAUUAAUGCAAUUGUUUGUUUGUUGACAGAGGGAAUUUCAACUGUGAGGACUUUUUAAUCUUUGAGACGAAAACAGAAUAAAGUAAAAUUAAUAAUAAAAAUAUAAAAUG